CCGGAAGUCGGUUGGUUGAGAGACAGAGAGCUGAAGCUCGGCGGAAGUGUUGAUGCGGCGGAUCCUCAGUUGGUUCCUCUGAUCAUUAGCGAGUGUCGAGCUGCGGUUUAGUCGCUGCAGGACUGGAACCGGCGUCCAGCACCAUGAUGGAGUCCUGCCUUAAUGAAAAGGUGCCCAGGGCUGAAUCCAUUCUGGUAGAAGACCUGAGGAGAGACCUCCACUCCGAUCUGACCGAAAUCGCAGAGGCUCAUGAUUCCAGCUGCUCGGACAGAGAGUUUUUACAGGUGUACCUCAGGAUAAAGCCAUUCUCUCAGGCUGAACUCGAAAACGGAGAAUCACAGGACUGCAUCACCAUCCAUCCUCCCGACACGGUUCUCCUCAAGGCCCCGAGGUCGUCUCUCUCAGCCCGAGCGAGUGAUAAAUCAGUUCCACAAACGGCGCAGCGCUUUCAGUUCUCUCAGGUUUUCGGAGCCGACACAUCGCAGAAGGGCCUGUUUGAAGGCACAGUGAGAAAUCUGGUCCGAGACGUCCUGGAAGGGAAAAACUCGCUGGUGUUUACGUACGGAGUCACAAACGCAGGGAAGACCUUCACUUUUUCAGGCCCGGAACAUGACGUCGGUGUUCUACCGCGCUCCUUAAACAUGAUCUUCAGCACUCUGGAGGGUCGGAUCUUCACCCAGACCAGUGUGAAGCCUCACCGUUGCCUGGAUGUCCUGAAGCUCAGUAAGGAGCAGCAGGUGGAGGAGAACAUCAGCAAACGCAAUCUUCUCAGACUCCUCCGAGAGAAUGACACUCAGAAAAAUACAAACAGUCUGAACUCGAACUCCAGAUCUGAAGGUUCGGAUCUGGCCGAUCCUGACAGCUCGGCGUCUGACAGGACCUUCAGCGUGGACGUGGAUCUCCACACCAGGUUCUCCGUGUGGGUGUCGUUCUGCGAGAUCUACAACGAGAACAUCCACGAUUUACUGGAGCAGCCGAGUAGUACCGGAACACGCCGGGCCAACCUGCGCCUCUGUCAGGACACCAAGGGGAACUCCUUCAUUAAGGAUCUGCGUUGGGUUCAGGUGAACAGCUCUGAUGAAGCGUUUAAAGUCAUGAAACUGGGCAAAAAGAACCAGAGCAUUUCAUCCACUAAACUCAAUCAGCUGUCCAGCAGGAGUCACAGUAUCUUCACGGUGAGGAUUUUGAGGAUUGAGGACGUUGCCUCACUCAGUGUUCAGUCUGUCAGUGAGCUGUCGCUGUGUGACCUGGCUGGAUCAGAGCGAUGUGGUAAAACUCAGAAUAAAGGAGAUCGACUGAAGGAGGCAGGAAACAUCAACACGUCUCUGCUCAGUCUGGGGAAAUGCAUCAGCGCUCUGAAAGGCAGCCAGCAGCCCAGCAGGCAGCACGUGCCGUUCAGAGAGAGUAAACUCACGCACUACCUGCAGGGAUUCUUCACGGGCCGAGGGAGAGCCGCCAUGAUCGUCAACAUCAACCAGUGUGCCUCCAUGUACGACGAGACGCUCGCUGUCCUCAAGUUCUCUGCCGUGGCACAGAAGGUGGUGGUCCUUAGCGUCCCCUGCGUGCUCCCGUUGGUGGUGAAGAGGAGUGCGAGGGAGGUGUCCUUCAUCAUUAACAAGGCGACUCAGCAGGAGGCGCGGCGCACGUCUCUGGUGCGAUGGGAGACCGGCCGAGGGGAUGUGGACCAGGACGAGGCGUCUGAGGAGGAUGAGGAUGAGGAGAGCCUGCUUGAGGACACGCUACAGGAGGAAGAAGGGAAGGAGACAGUGCUGCUGGACAAAGAGGUGUAUGAGAGUCAGUUGCUGCAGUUAGAGGAGCUGCAGGAACAGUUGAGGACGGCGAAGGCGGAGACUGUAGCUGUGGAGAGUCGAAUCCGAGAGGAAGUGACCAAAGAAUUCUCUGAGCUCUUCACUCAGAUGCAGAAUGACUACAAUGAGCGUAUCAGUAAAGAGCGAGAGUUGGUGGAGGAGAGAUGUGAGCGCCGGCUCGAGAUUUUCAAACAGCUGGUUGAGAAAACCACUGGAGAAACGGGCAGCGAUGAUGAAGGUCCUGCUAAAGCACAGGCGCGAGAGCCUCCAUCUCUAGAUGGCAUGCUCACCUCCAUUUCCACUGAUCUGGCCGGGAUCAGGAAGGACGCCGAGGCGGCUCAGUCUUGCCUGGUGACCCGUGACGGCGAACCCCCAGUGACGUUGCGUGACCUUGAGAAAAAGGUCACGGAACUGACGGAGAAGCUCAGUGAAACACAGAAAGAGUUGGAGAGCAGAACUCAGGGUCCGUGCACUGCAUGGGAGUUGGACGCUCGGAGCAGUCUGGUGAAGGAGCUGGAGGACAUGAGGAAGACGCUGCAGAGCCGUGAGCAGAGACUGAGUGAUCUGAUGGCGAUGUGUGUGGAGAAAGACGACAUGAUCGCAAAUAUUCAGGCAGCGCUGGACGGCACCAAGAACAGCGCUCUGAUUAAGGACCUUCUCCAACACAAACGCAACUGCACAUGCUCAGAACGACAAACACACCCUGAAACCAGGAAGCGCAGACAGGAAGGGGCAGUGCUGGAGGACAUCCACGGACAACCCCCUUUAAAGAAAGGGACUCUUAAGGACAUGACUAUCAAAGAAAAGCCUGUGGAGAAGGAUGAUAAGCCACCUGCAGCUGAGGUCAAAGGGUCUCUGGGCGUCUUUAGCAUCUGCGAUAACGACUCCUCUAUGACUGACAUCAAAGGUCAGGUUAAUCGUCUUCAAACCGAAUUGCAUCAGAAAGAUGAACGGAUCACAGACCUGGAACGGGAACGCCAGACUCUGGAGUUCUGCAUCCAGGAGCUGAAAUCAGCACUGGGAGAAGAGACACGAUCCCGUGCCAGAAUUAUGCAAGAAACUGAGCAGAAGUUCGAAGAGGAGCAGCAGCAAAAGUUUCACAACAUCAUCACCAGGAUGAACGAGAUGGAGGAGAAACUCGGCACUGCCGAGAAAAACUGUGCCAUCUUAAGAAAGUCUAAAAUGGAGGAGCAGGGACGUGAGAUCGAGCACCAAAACUCAUUCAUCAAAAAUCUAGAACAGGAAGCGACUCGGCUCAAACAGGAAGCUGAACAUUUGUGCGAUGAAGUCUCCAGGUUACAGAAGGAGAACGAGAGUAAAGGUGAAAGAGUAAAAACCCUGGAACAACAGCAGCUAGAAAACAAAAACAUUCAUGACAACCUCCAGAGAGAGAACUUUGACCUCCAGGCUGAGGUCACAAACCUGAAAGGUGUCAUCAAGGAAUUAGAGAAGAAGGCAGAACUUUUAGUGAAGGAGAGCAUGCUAAAGCAAAAAGAGAAGACGGACACAGAGCUGUCCAAUAAAGAGGCCCAGCUAACCAAGAGGGAGGCGGAGCUUGCUGUGAAAGAGGCGGAGCUUUCUGCUGUCCAACAGGAGGCACGAAAGAGAGAGGUGGAGAGGAGGAGAGAGCUGCUGGCUGUAGCUGAGGAGGCCAUCACUCAGAAAGAUGCAGAACUUCAAAAACGAGAGGCAGAAAUCACCAGGCUAAAGGAGGAGAUGAAGUGCAGUAGUGGAAAGUUGUCGAGUCUCUCGGUGGACGCGCAGAGGAGAGAGGAAGAGACGUCCGAUCUGAGGGAGAAACUCGCCGACUCGAAGAAACAGAUUCAGCAGGUGCAGAGGGAGAUCUGCUCCCUGCGUGAUGGAGAAAAAUCUCUAAAACAGAAACUGAGUGAUGUGGAGAAGAUGAAAUCCCAGCUACAGAACGAACUCUCGAACCGAGAUCGCACCAUCCAGCAGCUCAGGAGUGCAAAUACUGAUUCUCGUUCAUCAGAUUCGAAGACAGAGGAUCACGCCCAUCUUUACGAAAAAGCUCUUAAAGAUCUGAAGGAGCGUCAGGCCGUGAUGGAGGAAAUGCGUUUGGUUCUCAGUGAGCAGGAAGAGACUCAGACUCAGAUGGAGCUGGAGCUGGAAAACAGAGAAACUCAGAUCCAUCAGCUCAUGCAGGAGCUGGAGAACCUGAAAGAGCUUCUCCUGAAACAAAGGAACAGUAAACAGUUCCAUCAUCAUGAACAGGCGCACAAUGAUGACAUCACACGGGCCAAAGAGGAAGUGGCGCAGGCUCAGGACAACCUGAAGACCGCCAGUGAGAAAUAUCAGGCUGAGCGCAGGAAGUGGAAGGAGGAAAAACUGGUCCUGAUCGCUCAGGCAAAGGAUGCAGAGGAGAGGAGGUACCAGGACAUGAAACGAUUCGCUGAGGACAGAGAGAGACACACCCGCCAGCACACUGAGAUGGAGUCGCUGAAGGCCCGUCUGGCUGAGCGUGAGCAGGAGAUGGACGAGUGGAGGAAGGAGAGAGACACACUCGUCUCUGCCCUGGAGGUCCAGCUGAAGAAACUCGUCUCCACCAUCACAGAGAAAGACGAGCAGAUCAGAGAGCUGAAGCACGCCGACACACUUCAGCCACCAGAGGUGUGUGACAAUAGAGUGAUGGAGCAGCUGAUGGAGAAGGAGGCGGAGCUUAAACGACUGAAAGAGCAGCUCAGAGAGACAACACACACACACACCACUACAGAGUCGUCUACACAGACUGUGUUGGUGGAGGAGUGUGUGUCUGAGCGGCGGGUGGACUGCAGCACUCUGAAACACACAGGCCCAACUCGAGCAUCCAUCACCAGCCAGGGUUCUUGCACCAGCGGUCCGUCCGUGUUGGACUCGUCGGUCAUCUCCACAGAAACGGGACGGUGUUCUCGGUUCCCGCGGCCUGAGCUGGAGAUCUCAUUCAGUUCCCUUCAUCCCGAACGCUUCCUACUGAAACGCCCCGGAGACACUGGAGAGAUCACGGUCAACGUCUCACACACACACAACACACGCAAGAGGAAGAGCAGCGAGAUGGAGAGGGACGGCGUGGAGAGUGAGAACAGGAGGAAUAUGAGGUGUAAGAAAGCUCCCAGUCUCCCUGCGCACCAAGAGGAGGAGACGUCUCCUGUGCUGUUUGGGAAAAGUUCCCAUGAUUCCCAGUCGAGUCUUCGAGGGAAAAAGGAGGGAAAGUUGCAGAAGAUUGGAGAUUUCCUGAACAGCUCCCCGACGUUCCUGAGCAGUAAAGCUAAGAGAAUUAUGGGAUUGAUGAGUGGAAGGUCUCCGGAUGAAGGCGGCUCGUCUCUGAGUCUGAAACGCUCCAAACAAAAGAUCAACAUCUCGUCCCCCAUGAACAUCUCCGCUAAUCAGAUCAUCAGCCGAGACGCAGAGGAGAGAGACGAUCAGACGAACAUCAAGAAACGGCUUCGCAACAAAACUCCCAAGUAGAAGCUUCAUCACCACGACAACGAUGUCAUCAUCAUCAUCAUCACUACAGCUGUUUUCCUUCCAUCCGUCCUCGCACAGUGUCCCUGUGUCCUCUGUCGUCCUCUCCUCUCACCAGCACUUUUACUUCCUGUUUUUAGUUCACACCUUUUUUAAAAAAAAUCUUUCAUUACGUUUUUGUUUUAUACUGUAGUAUAUUUUACAGUGUAAUAGCAGACUGACUUUAAUAAGAGUUUAUUUUUUGUUCUAUUUUAGAUUAUUCACUAUAACACUAAUGAAUAAUUAGGACGGUGUUUAUUCAGUCUAUCUGGUUAAAUAAAU